UAUUUCAGUUGUACAAUUUUUUACAAACAGGCCUAGAGAAAUUUCGCAAUAAAAACGUGUUUUUGAAAUCAAUAUAAAUAAUAAAUAAUUCAUUAAAAAUAAAUAGAUUCGCUUUGUUUUACUGCUAACUGGUACACGGUAAUUCAACUCCACAUAAUAUGUCAAGUACGUUGAAGUCCUCGAAGGCGAAGCCACCACCAAAGCUGCCGCCGCAGCUCUUUUUUAAUCACCGGCAAAUGGCGCUGCGUAAUAUUGGCGUUGCAGUCGCCUCAGCCCUGUUCGCUGCUAUGGCAUUCAACAUACUCCAUAACAAGCCCCGCAAGAAGAAGUAUCGCGACUUUUACAGCAAUUACGACCCGCAGAAGUCAUUUCUGCGCAUGGCGGAGGGCGGUUACUUACACGGCUGCCCACCUUGUUCUUUGAAGGAGGACGACGAAAAUGAUGCCGAUAAGAAGAAGAAAAAGUAA